AUGAGUGAUUUAAAAGAUAUAGUUCAAUUACCACUAUGCUCUAUUAGUUUGUCCACGCGUUCUACACACUUCUUAUCAAACAUUUAUGAAUAUAUUUUUCUCCGCGUUUGUAGUUAUGUCCGUACAAAGAUCAAAAUUCCAAUCAGUGUUGAACUAGCAGAUUGCGCCGCUCAUCUUUGGGAGUUCUUAAGAUUGGUCGAUGAUCAUCCGUGGUUAUAUGAAGGAUUGCACGUUCACAAUGCUGUACGACGAUACGAGCUGUUUUGGCUUCCAAUGGUUGCCAAAGCUGACCCGCGCAUUCCACUUGCACCUCCCCUCGACAUUAAAUGGAUUUGGUAUGUGCAUAUGAUAUCACCGUAUGCCUACAAUCGUGAUUGCCUGCAUAAAUUUGGGAGGGUGAUUCCACAUCAGAUAUUGUCGACAAAGGAACGUAACAUUGGGCUUAACCGCGCGAGAGAGAUGUGGACCAGAGCGUUUCCUAAUGAGCAGUUUAGUUUGGAUCUUGCAGGACCACCCAACAUCACCAACACCUUUGUAUCCAAGUUCUCCUAUGAUCUCUUUUCAGCUGCAUUGCGACAAAGGUUCUUCAACUAUCAAGUGACUCUUAACCAUUUCCGUGAUUCCAAGUUCCUCGAGAAAGCUAUAAAACGCUAUCGUGAAUUCCUCUGUGCCAAACUAGAAGAGCCUGGUUUGAAUCUGAAAGAGUGCUACGAUGUUCAACUAGUAUGGCAUUCUCAUUUAGUGCAUCCUAUUCAAUACAGGGACGACACUCGUAAAGUCUUCGGGAUGCUCAGUCAUUACGAUACCCAACCCCAACAGACGAUUGCUGGAGGACCACCCGUAGAAGAUAGCAAAGUAAAAGCCCCGAUCCCGGGGCAAUGUACCGUGGAGAGUAUGUCAUUUGUACCCGAGAGCAGAUAUUGCCAAAGGAAAAUUUUCUCGCUAAUUUUUCAAUUCCUCCUUAUUGAAGUCACGUAUCAUGAUGCUCGCUCCAUGUUGGAUGAAGCUUCCCUCCCUCUCAUUGGUGUGUGGCAGUUACGUCAACAACGCAACGCAAGGAAAGGGUCUGAAAAGUAUGACGUCAAGGUGGUGCAUUCCUUGGCACCGAUUCUGUCUGCUGUAGAAGUUUCGCAUCCUAAAGGUUUUCUUGUUGCGACAUCUCAUACCAUUGCUGGUAAACAGAUCCCUAUGAAAAACCAAUUAAAUGACUCCUCGGGCAACACAUGCUCUUACUCACCAGAGGCUGGCGAACGUGCCAUGCUCAUUCACAGUCAGAAAGAUUGGGGUGUAGUUGUUGGACGUUGGGUGGGUGACAGUGAAACAGGUGAUUUGGAAAUAUCGUUCUUUAAUGUGGAAAAAAGCUCUUGGCAAACGGUAAAUCGAUCAAGCAGCUCGCAGCCCGAGUUUGCCGAAUAUGAAAUCACGAUAACUGAUGAAGAGAAAUCAGUGUUUAUAAAUCUGGCCACAUGCGAAGUGACAGUGCCCUACACUGACGUUGCAACGUUUCUACCAGAGAUCGUGGCUCUGGCCUACUCCAUUGGCGUGCUCUACAUGUUAUGCCGUAAACGCUCGCAAGAGUUCUAUCCUGUUGAUCCAUUUCAUUCUAGUAGCACGAAGUUGAUACAGCCAUGUCCGCUGAGCAAGGAAAAUCGAGCAUCUCGUGCAGAGAAGCGUGAUGGCAUUUUCACGAGCAGUUCCAGUGGCAAGAAAUCCACGUGGCUCAACCGUGAUCCUCAUGUAUCCAAUAUACUUCUCGCCACUGGUCGGAAUUGCCCGUGGACUCCUAGCAACAGCUUUUUGAAAUAUUAUCACGAGUUUGUGCCAGAUGUGUAUGAUGACAUUUUGAAAAACACAACAAACGAUGAUAUCGCAAUUGCUGAUGCAAAACUUGAAACGAACUAUCUUUUGAAGUACCUAGGGAUAACUGGGAUGAAGACAGGUGCUCAAGGAACAAAGAAAGAAUCACGUAAGGAUAGAGAUGCACCCAAACAGGCAGAAGAAAAGCACCAACGUGAAACCAGCAAUAGUCACAGUGAGGCAAAUGGUGUAACAGCUCUUGAGGAGACACGUGAUCCUUCAUAUGAAGAAAUUGAUCAUAGAGAUCAUCAUGACAAACACAAGGUUAUUCGUGAUGAUGAUAGUGUUAGUGUAUUUAUAUGAACAAUGACAGCAAUAUUUCUUGUACUUCAUGUCUUUUUACGAAUGAAAUGUCACGCUAUAUGAUAUUGCUAGAGUGCUUUCACUGACGUCAUGCCCACCCGCAAGAAGCUUCAAUGAUGACAUUUUACUCUUAUCGGGCCUUGAGUUUUUACUUAAUUAAUUAAACUCGUUUCUUUAUUUAGUUCAUACCAAAAGAAAAUAAAGUUAGUAUUUUUAGUUUUCAAAAAAUCAUACGUCUGCGAUAAUUUAAAUACGUUCAUUACACUAAGAAUAUCAAGAAUGUAAAUUUGAAUAAUACUAAACCUACAGUUCCUUCACAAGUAUUGUCAAUUUACAUUAAAUUAUUGUCCUAGAAGCUUCUAAUUCGUGUAAUUAAAAUCUGAAUAUUA